CGGCGCGGGCGGCGCAGGCGGCGGGGGCGUCUCGGCCGGGGCGGCAGCGGGGCGCCGGCGGGAGCCAGCAGCGUCUGCAGCCGCGCCGGCCGCCCGCGCCCCGGCGCGCUCCGGCUCGGCCAUGGAGCUGCCAGCUGUUGGCGAGCACGUCUUCGCGGUGGAGAGCAUCGAGAAGAAGCGGAUCCGCAAGGGCAGAGUGGAGUAUCUGGUGAAAUGGAGAGGCUGGUCCCCCAAAUAUAACACGUGGGAACCCGAGGAGAACAUCCUGGAUCCCCGGCUGCUGAUCGCCUUCCAGAACAGGGAACGACAGGAGCAGCUGAUGGGAUAUCGGAAGAGAGGGCCGAAGCCCAAGCCUCUGGUGGUGCAGGUACCUACCUUUGCCCGUCGCUCCAAUGUGCUGACCGGACUCCAGGACUCCUCUGCUGACAACCGCACCAAGCUGGAGCUGGGCACUCAGGGCAAGGGUCAGGGGCACCAGUACGAGCUCAACAGCAAGAAGCACCACCAGUACCAGCCGCACAGCAAGGAAAGGGCAGGCAAGCCCCCACCGCCGGGCAAGAGUGGCAAGUACUACUACCAGCUCAACAGUAAGAAGCACCACCCCUACCAGCCUGACCCCAAGAUGUACGACCUGCAGUACCAGGGCGGCCACAAGGAGGCGCCCAGCCCCACCUGCCCGGACCUGGGCGCCAAGAGCCACCCGCCUGACAAGUGGGCCCACGGCGCUGGAGCCAAGGGCUACCUGGGAGCCGUGAAGCCCCUGGCCGGUGCGGCUGGGGCUCCAGUCAAGGGCUCUGAGAAGGGCCCCCCCAACGGGAUGACGCCGGCCCCCAAGGAGGCAGUGACGGGCAACGGGAUUGGGGGCAAGAUGAAGAUCGUCAAAAAUAAGAACAAGAACGGACGCAUCGUGAUCGUGAUGAGCAAGUACAUGGAGAAUGGCAUGCAGGCGGUGAAGAUCAAGUCUGGCGAGGCCGCCGAGGGUGAGGCGCGCUCCCCCAGCCACAAGAAGCGGGCCGCUGAGGAGCGCCACCCCCCUGCAGACAGGACUUUCAAAAAGGCAGCGGGGGCAGAGGAGAAGAAGGUGGAAGCGCCCUCCAAGAGGAGGGAGGAGGAGGUUCCAGGGGCUGGUGACCCGCAGCCCCAGGACGCUGGCUCCCGAAAGCUCUCCCCGACCAAGGAAGCCUUCAGUGAGCAGCCCCUGCAGCUCACCACCAAGCCGGACCUGCUGGCCUGGGACCCCGCCCGGAGCUCGCACCCACCCUCUCACCACCACCACCACCACCACCACCAUCACCACCACCACGCCGUUGGCCUAAAUCUCUCCCACGCGCGCAAACGCUGCCUCUCGGAGACACACGGCGAGCGUGAGCCCUGCAAGAAGCGCCUAACGGCGCGCAGCAUCAGCACCCCCACCUGCCUGGGGGGCAGCCCGGCCGCCGAGCGCCCCGCCGACGUGCCCCCCGCCACCGCCCUGCCUCAGCCCGAGGUCAUCCUGCUGGACUCGGAUCUGGACGAGCCCAUAGACUUGCGCUGUGUCAAGACGCGCGGUGAGGCCGGGGAGCCGCCCAGCGCCCUGCAAGUGAAGCCCGAGGCGCCCGCGGCGGCAGUGGCGGCGGCGGCAGGGGUGGUGGCAGCUGCGCCGGUGACAGCGGCCGCCGAGAAGCCUCCGGCUGAGGCCCAGGACGAGCCCGAGGAGCCGCUGAGCGAGUUCAAGCCCUUCUUUGGGAAUAUAAUUAUUACCGACGUCACCGCGAACUGCCUCACCGUCACGUUCAAGGAGUACGUGACGGUGUAGCCGGAGGGUGUCGGAAGGGGAAGCGCCAUCCCAGCGAGGGGUGUAGCACCUGGGGCCAGCGGGCGGACAACUCCUCUCGCCAACUGCGGGGCAUCCGAGCCGGCUCCCAGGGCGUGGAUGCCCGAAGCCGCGGUAACCUCUGCUUGGGGUUUUGGGAUCCUGGCUGCGGUGCCUGGCCCGCCUCCGCCCCGGCUCCUUCCACACGGUGCCUGCGGGUCUCGCCCCCGACCUGCUCCAUCCCCGCGCAGGACGAGAGCUCUGCCCCUCCUCUGCCUCGUGGACCUCCGGGACUGACAGAGCAGCCACGCGCGCGCGGUCUCAGAGUUAUAGUAUUAUAUUUUAACCGUGCUAACUUGUCAAGUGCAGACUUUACUCCCGUUUGUACGUGGUGUUAUUAUUGAAAUGUAUUGUUUGAGCUCAAAAGGCCCGACCACCCCCCUUCGGGCUGAUAUAUAUAUAUUUAUUUGUAGGUAUUUAUAUAUUGAAAUAUAAAAACCUAGAUUUAUGGAGUUUCCUCUAGAUCAUGUUAUAUUCUAUAUCAGACGAACUAUUUUCUGUUGAUCUUUCCUCCCAUUCAUUCAGUAUUUCAGCUGAUUUCAUUUCCUCCCCUUCCAGGAACUGCAAUACCAGUAACCUUGGUAUAUAUUUUUUGAUACUGUACACAUGGAUGUGUUGUUUCUAUGUGCAAAAAAAAAAAAAAAGUUUGUUAAAAAAGCUAAAAGAGCUCUCUAGAAACUGCUGCUACUAGAAAUGUCUAAACUAUAAGCUUCCAAUUAUUACCUGCUUGAAUGUAAAUAUUAAAUGGAGAUGUUGAAGGUGCA